CCUCAUCCCACCAAUUGCCCCGACUCCAUUCAUCACCACCACCGCCAAUAACAACAGCAACAAUGAGAGAAGGCCUCGACCACCCCGAGUUCGGGUAUCUCCCAUUUGACCAUUUUGUCCUGGCAAACUGGGACGCCGCGUCCCCGCUCUCCCAAAAUGAGCAGAAAAGAGUCCUGGUGGAGAAAUGGAUCGCGCUGGGAAAAUAUGGGCGAAAUGACUACGCCCUCGCCACCUUCGAAGACCCAAUCCCAGACUAUCUCCCCCCGGAGGUUCCCCAAGACCUCCUCUCCGAGGAUGAUCGCGCCAUAAGCAACAUGCUAUCCAGCACGCUGUGGAUCAGGACCUGGUUCGGCGGCACAGACCAGACCAGCCAAGAUGCCGCGGACACCGCGUACAGACGGCUCCGGCUGGAGGUCCUGCAACAGGGGCGCGAGAACUACCAUGUUUCAUGCAUCCGCGAGGAGUUUGUUUUCGAGGACUGGAGGGAGCUGAGUCGAGAUGCGGAGGGCCCGGAUGUCGUGGGGGGCAUUGCGGCUGGACGCCCGGGCUCCGUGCCGGGGUAUCUGGUUGCGGCGAUGAUGCACUGCCCCGAGCUUUUUGAUGGGAUAUCGGAUGAUGAUUGGCGGCAUUUCAGUGGGGCGGAGCGGGCGGAAGAAUUGGAGGAGAGUGAUCAGUCGCAGGCUGCUCUAGUCCUUGUGGCGGAUCGGAAGGCCUGCGAGGAGGGCUGGGUGCUUCUGCUAGCAGUGAAUCACAGAGGUCAGAUUCUCCCGUUCAGGGUGCGCGAAAGGGCGAGGGAGACGGCACAGCAUGCGGUUAAUUGGCUGGAGGGACAGCCCCUGUCAGAGAUUGCUUUUGAGGAGAAUGAGGAUACGGAGUUUUACAUGAGGGAAGGGGAUGGUUGGGAUUAG